CGCAGGCGCGAAGCGUGGCGGCCCGGCGCGGCGCUCCCGGCCUGCCCCGCGUGCGCGCUGACGCUGCGCAGUCUCGUCCCCCGCCGCCGCCGCCGCCGCCGCCGCCGCCGCCGCCAUUGGAGUCGACGCCUCCUCAGCGCGUCCGCGUCCGGGGCUCACCGCCGUCGCCGCCUCGCCAGGGGCCCGCGCGCCCAGCAGCCGCCGCCGCCCGGCCGGCGCCCGGGGAGUUGGCGGCGGGGCCCGGGGCCGCGCGAGCUAGGGUGACAGGCCCGGCCUUUCGGGGAGGCCCGAGCCGGCGGGCUCCCCGGCCCCGCGUCUAGUUUUUCAUGAAGCAUGUCGGUCACCAGCGUGGACACCCAGAGAACAAAAGGACAAGAUAAUAAAGUACAAAAUGGUUCUUUACAUCAGAAGGAUACAGUUCAUGACAAUGACUUUGAGCCCUACCUUACUGGACAGUCAAAUCAGAGUAACAGUUACCCCUCAAUGAGCGACCCCUACCUGUCCAGCUAUUAUCCACCGUCCAUUGGAUUUCCUUACUCCCUCAACGAGGCUCCAUGGUCCACUGCAGGGGACCCUCCAAUCCCAUACCUCACCACCUACGGGCAGCUCAGUAACGGAGACCAUCACUUUAUGCACGAUGCUGUUUUUGGGCAGCCUGGGGGCCUGGGGAACAACAUCUAUCAGCACAGGUUUAAUUUUUUCCCUGAAAACCCUGCGUUCUCAGCAUGGGGGACAAGUGGGUCUCAAGGUCAGCAGACCCAGAGCUCUGCGUAUGGGAGCAGCUACACCUACCCCCCGAGCUCCCUGGGUGGCACUGUGGUUGAUGGGCAGCCAGGCUUUCACAGCGACACCCUCAGCAAGGCCCCCGGGAUGAACAGCCUGGAGCAGGGCAUGGUUGGCCUGAAGAUUGGGGACGUCAGCUCCUCUGCUGUCAAGACGGUGGGCUCCGUUGUCAGCAGCGUGGCACUGACUGGUGUCCUUUCUGGCAAUGGUGGGACAAAUGUGAACAUGCCAGUUUCAAAGCCAACCUCAUGGGCUGCCAUUGCCAGCAAGCCUGCAAAACCACAGCCUAAAAUUAAAACAAAGAGCGGGCCUGUCCUAGGGGGUGCGCUGCCCCCUCCACCUAUAAAGCAUAACAUGGACAUUGGCACCUGGGAUAACAAGGGGCCUGUGCCGAAGGCCCCAGUCCCUCAACAGGCACCCUCCCCACAGGCUGCCCCACAGCCCCAGCAGGUGGCUCAGCCCCUCCCAGCACAGCCCCCACCUGUGGCUCAACUGCAGUAUCAGAGCCCUCAGCAGCCACCCCAGACCCGCUGGGUUGCCCCACGCAACAGAAACGCGGCGUUUGGGCAGAGUGGAGGGGCCGGUAGUGAUAGCAACUCUCCUGGAAGUGUCCAGCCUCAUUCCACCCCCAGCGUCGAAUCCCACCCUGUCCUUGAAAAACUGAAAGCUGCUCACAGCUAUAACCCUAAAGAGUUUGACUGGAAUCUGAAAAGCGGGCGUGUGUUCAUCAUCAAGAGCUACUCUGAGGACGACAUCCAUCGCUCCAUUAAGUACUCCAUCUGGUGUAGCACAGAGCACGGCAACAAACGCCUGGACAGCGCCUUCCGCUGCGUGGGCAGCAAGGGGCCCGUCUACCUGCUCUUCAGCGUCAAUGGGAGCGGGCAUUUUUGCGGGGUGGCCGAGAUGAAGUCCCCCGUGGACCACAGCGCCAGCGCUGGGGUCUGGUCUCAGGACAAGUGGAAGGGGAAGUUCGAUGUCAAGUGGAUUUUUGUCAAGGACGUGCCCAAUAACCAGCUCCGGCACAUCAGAUUGGAGAAUAACGACAAUAAACCGGUAACAAACUCGCGGGACACCCAGGAGGUGCCCUUAGAAAAAGCAAAACAAGUGCUGAAAAUUAUCAGUUCCUACAAGCACACAACCUCCAUCUUCGACGACUUUGCUCACUACGAGAAGCGCCAGGAGGAGGAGGAAGUGGUGCGCAAGGAACGGCAGAAUCGAAACAAACAAUAAGGACGAACCAGUUUCUUACAUGUUCUAACGUUUGACUUUGAAAACAGUUUAAAACACGUGUGCUUGGUCAGCUCCAGUGUGUCGUCCCUUGCGGGGGUUGAGUGUUGCAUCUUUGCCUUUCUUGUCGUUUAUUUUUGCCCAGAUGGAUCUGCAUUUAUUUGUACUUUUUCUAUGUAUUAUAAUCUUGUAGAAGUCACUAAUAAAGGAGUAUUUUUUUGUCAACUUAUCAAUCAGACUGAUCUAAUGUGAAAUACAAGUAUCCGUAUAAACAAAGCAUCUAUUUUGGCAGAAAUCAUGUUCUUAAAUUCAGUCAUUUGAUAUUGUUCUAUGAGACUUCGUAUUUCUCAUCCCUUUAUUGGUUUAUAGCAAACAUAAGAAACCAUGAGUCAUUUUGUCAUUUAUUCUGGUAAAAUCUCUUGAAAAUACUGAAAUCAAAAGGUUGAUGAUUAUCUUGUUCAUUCUGAUUUGUCAUUUUAUUUGUCUAAAGUGCUAUUUUACCCAUUUGAUUUUUCUACUAGUCAGAUAAUUUUUAAUUUUUUAAAUUUGGGAGACACUUUUUUUUUGUUUUUGGAAAAUUUUUCCUUCCAGAUCUGUUGCCCACUGAACGGCCACCCGUCCCUCACUGUCCUGGUGUCCGAUUGGGCUGGAUGGUGUUGGGGCAUGAUGUGUGGAGGAGUUGGAAGGUGCUUCGGUCUGGUUCAGGUUCGGGCAUUUUUCGUUGUUUGCACAUCUUUUUAAAUUUUACCCCUUUUCUUAAGAAUCCUAAUGCCGUCAUAAUAUUUUAUACCAAUAAUGCUGAGCUUUCAGUGUAGGGUCUGGUAGUACAGACAGUGUGAUGGGGGAUGCUGCUGGUUGUAAAUUUCACUGUGUGUGUCUAAUUUUUUUUCCUGUUGAAUGGGUAAAAACAAAACAAAACUUUUUUAGAAAAUGAAUUUGCUGUCAUGUUUUGUGGAAUGAGGGACCUUUGAGCUCACUACCACCUGGAGUUUGAGUUGAAGCAUGAAAAUGGUGCCCAUGCCUGACGCUCCAGCGCCUGGAUCUGCACGUGCCCUUGUAGAGGAUCCUUACUGUCCUAGAGAGCAGAUGCUUUCUGAAAACUACUUGCUCCAAAAGACCCUCUGAGUAAUGUUUCAGCUGUAUCAUUAGACUUGUAUUUAGAGCGUGUCACUUCCUCUGAACUGUUGCUACCUGAAUGGAGUCCUGGACGACAUUGGGUUUUUCCUCUAGGAGAAUACAAGCCUUAAUAAACAGUACUAUUUAGCAA